CGAAUCUUCCGAACCCACCGCCAAAAUGCAGUUCAUGUUUCCAAAGAAGCAUAGGAACCACAAGAUCGUCCUUUGGUUGAUGGCCGGGGAGUUUCCGAUCACCAUCGUAAUGCUGACAUUGACGGGUAUCGCCUCCCACAAUCUAUACCAGACAUUGUUAUGGCAAGAUGGAGCGGACAAUGGAUUCAACAGUGCUCCGAAUGAGGCACUGUAUGCAGCAGCAAACUACAAACCGUUCAAGCCCCCCAUGGUUUGGUCCAGCUUAGCUAACCGCUCACCCUGGGAACAGUAUGACCAACUACAACCUUGUCCUCGGUGUUUUGAGCACUUUCUUCCUCAUCACAAAAUUACCCACCCACUGGAUGAACCUAUUUUACCCCCUGUUGCGGUCGUUGUUCACGCAUCCCUGAUGGUUCUCUAUAUCGUGUCAGCCGUGUACCAGGCUGGGUCUGACAUGUCAGACCCAAAACAUCCCCAGCCAGGAGCUCCAUGGUACAUUGCGAAGAGUUGCAGUGUCGCCUUCAAAAAAUCCAAUGUUGGAUACUGCAUGCAAGCCAAAGCGCUGUUUGCUGUGACCGUCAUCAUGAUUAUCUACUAUGCAGUUAUCCUCGGCUUCAAUAUCUACUCCUGUUUCAUCACCCCCGAAGAGCGGGAAGCGAUCCUGGAGCAGAGAGAAGAGCGUCGCAUCGAGAAGGAGUUCGAAGAAGAGAUCAUCAAGUCUCCUAGCAUGAUUCCCAUGACCCCCGGCUCGAUGCCCCAAGGACCAGGCAUGGUUCCUCGCACCCCGGGCGUUCCACCCAUGGCUGUUGGGGGAAAUAUCUCACCAUUCGCACCCCGCACACUGGCCUUCAACCGAAUUGGUAAUGGCAGUACUGCCUCAGACCUUCCGCUACGGAACAACUCCGGCGUGACCCAGCCCCAAUACCCGUCCCCACAAUCGCAUGAAGUCAGCCCGGAGAGUUCGACAGGGUCGCCGAUGUACUUCCCGCCGCCGCCAAAGAAGGCUGCUAAAGCCUAA